AUUGGUGUUGUUAUUUUUAAAGACAUCGUAACUUCACAAUAAUCUUCUUGAUAUGGUAUGCCCAGUAUGCUUAAGAUUUCUUAAUUUGCAAGUGUUGUCAAAAAUUUAAAAAACACUCAUAUUAAGUUAUCCAAUGAAUUACAUUUUUUUAGUUUUUGCAUACACUCUUCUUUAGAUGAUAACAAUUUGUUAAAGCUUAUUAUAUCCAUAAACUUAAGAAUAUCACAUACUUCGAUAUUUGUUAGAGUUAUUGUGUUGAACAUUUAUCAAAUAUUUCAUGUGUGAUACUGCUACGAGACGUACAGGUCUGUUGAUUAGUCUUGUGCCGACAGUCGUCGCGAACACACGCGUGUGCUUCGUGUCGUCGUUAUUGUGCGCUAUCGCGGGUCGUUCCGCUUAUCUUAAUUAAUACAUGUUAUUAUACAUCGCUGCAUUAUUCGAUAUCUUAUCGUGGCGGCUCAGACCGUCGUCCAGCAAUGGAUUCGACGAACAACACUACUACGGCGACAACAUUAAUUUCCGUCGACCAAGCAAUACUGGUUAUUAAUGAUUAUGGAGAACACGAAAUAACAAAUAAUGAUUGGUGUUUGGGCAACAGCGUCGUUGCUCCGCUGUACAUCGCGUCGGGAGCCGAACAGUCUCGAAGUUGUACCCCGUCCCCCUCCACCUCCCGUAAUCGCGCUGGUGGCGCUCUUCCAGCCGCGGGCAACCACCGUCAACCAGUUCUGUCCGAACAUCCGGCGUCCGUGCUUACCAGGUCGAUUUGUUCGCUUUCGUAUCCGCGCCAUCUUUUACCGUGGGUCUAGUGUCCGGAUCCGUACGUAGCCCACGUUUGUUGGGAAUACGCGUGUGAUCGUUCGUGGUGUUUUUGUUGUUUGGACUCGGCGGUUUCGACCUCCACGUUUGUGUCAACGCGCCAGUCAGAACCUUCAAGUCUGAGAGUCUCAGUUCGCCGUAUUGUUUGUUCUGCCCUCCCGUCUCGUACAUCCCCGUACGCGUGAAUAGUCAUCGCCCGCGUUUGUGCGUUAUACCGGGCGCGCGUGUCGUGGUAUUGAGUGCGUCCCCGUUCGUCGACUCGUCGUGGUUUGCGAUCGGCCGACUUUGGGUCUUCACGUGGUUUCCCACGAGGCCUUGCAGUACGCCGUUAUGCCGCGAGCGCCGCACCAAUCAGGUGUAUCAAUUCCGUCAUCGCCGGUGCGUCGAUCGG